UAUCUGGGGUAAUGCCCUCAGCGCCAUCAUAUCGUCGCCCCCGUCGGCCACCUGCGCACCUGAGGACUAAAACGGGUUGUUUGACAUGUCGUAAAAGGAGAAAGAAGUGUGAUGAACAGGCAGACUCCUGCGGGAAUUGCUCCCGCAGAUGGCUGGAAUGUAUAUGGCCUUCUCCAGCCUCAAAUGCAGCCUCUGAUGAGGCCAUAUCUGAACUGCCCCUUCAGGUGCAACCACGUACCACCGUGGCAAUAUCACCAUCUGUGCGAGGUAUUAGCUGGGACCAACCCGUUGCCACGGAGCUUCAAAUCCCACCAUUAUAUCCAGAGCCCACCACACUGCCUUUCUAUGCUGGGAUAAUUCCCACAGCAAGCAGUCCACUUUUCGACCUACUACGAACGAAAUGGCUCCGGCAGCUGAUCAGGCCUCGGGCUUAUGACUCGCUGAUUGAAUUCUACCACCAGGAGGCGAUGGUGAUGGCGAUGCAUAUACCUUUCUACAUGCAUUCUCUCUUGGCUUGCUGCGCGGCUGAAUACCCGGUUAACGAUGCCAAUGUCAACGCUCGAGAAGAAUUGUCGCGGUUAUCCAGGAAACAUUAUAUUCGAGCCAUCACGGGACUGCGAGAGGCACUGGGAGGCGAUGAGCCAAAUAUACAAAGGGACGCGAUUAUUCGUACGGUUCUCAUGCUUUGUAUAUUCGAGAGAGCUAAACCUUGGCCAUCCAGUGGAGUUGGCGCACAUUUAUCUGGACUCGCCCAGCUGAUACAAUCCGAGUCAGUCUGGCAAGCUUUGGGUCAUCCAGUGUCUACUGUUGGGACUGCUCUCCGUCGCCUAGUACUAGAGGGGUUCAUCUUCCAUACAGCAACGAGCGUUCCUUUCCAGCCUCUCUCGGAUCAACAGUCAAAUCUGGACGAGGCCAUGCGGCUUGCGCAAAGUAGACUCGGAGGUAUGUUUAGCGAAGGCACUAGGGAGAAUCCCGAUUCGCCCGUAUUGGGCGUUGAGCCGCAGCUAUUCGUACUCGUUCGUGAACUCUCCUUGAUGCAUCGAGAAUACGAGCAGUCCAAUCGUCAUCUCCAACGAGGCGAAACCCUCAGCACAAUGCAAGAGCAGCUUUCAAUAUACCGCCGUAUUUACUGGACAGGCCUCCGUAAUUUCCCAAACUCUUCACUGGAAGACCGCACCUCUGCAUUUCCAGCUUAUACAGAUGCCAUUGGUACCAAUCAACCCUUCGCCGGACCACUGUUAUACAUCACCGCAGCCGGGAUCUUGCUUUCUGACAUAUCAGGGAAUACAGACGUAGUAGACCAUAUCUCGCCUGCGUUGAGUAUCCCAGAGCUAGUCCUAGAGGGCGUCCGGCUCGUGAGACAGCUCGAACCAACGAAGGACUACUACGCAGAAUAUUACGGAUGGCCUAUCUACGUUCUAGCAAAGUUUGUCACGCACGAGCAAGACCGAAAGUGUCUUUUGGAUCAGGUCAAUGCGUUUUGGCAGGAAACGAGGAGCGGGACAAUGGCUAGAUUAGCCGAUAUACUUGGUAAUGGGAAUAGGAUAUCUAUGUAAUGAUGAUAAUUAAAAUGACGUCCGUGACGUUAUCGUUUGUACUGCACAGACUUCUUUC